AUGGAACUUAAGCUUGAACUUGAAAAUCAACAGAUGCCAACCUUUAUAGAAGAAACCCGGCCGGCAUUUUUCCAACCUUUUAAGUUUAACGAAAGUUAUACAACAUCGUAUUUCGGUUACGUAGAAACACUAGAAUCGCACAAACUACCUUUCGAUGAUCUGACACAACAAGUCCCAAUCUCUUCAUCACGACAAGCUUUAGAUGUACCUACAGUUCUUUCCGCCUUUGAUACAGAGUUCCCAGCUGACAUAGAAAACAACAACCGGCUGUAUGACAUGGUUCCCCUCGGUGAUGACAGAGUGUGGGCAGGAGGAGAUAGUAGAGAGCUCAAGCUGUUUGAUCUCCAGGGACGUCUCCACGACACUGCCACUAUCACAGAUACCAGCAUGUACCUGACUCUUCAUGAUGGACAUGUGGUGUACACCGAUACAAAUGACGAGACCGUGAAGAAAGUAAUAAACGGUAAAGUAGAAACGUUAUUCCCUACUGGUGAAUGGAGUCCUCGCGGAAUCACCUGUACUGCAGCACGCGACUUCCUGGUCUGUCUCCUGUCGACAGAUAAAACAGAGUCCAAGGUCGUAAGGUAUAGCUGUUCCGGUGACGUGCUGCAGGAAAUCCAAUACGACUCCCAGUACCAGCCUCUGUUUGGAAAAACAAAUUACGUGGUGGAGAAUGGUAACGGCGACGUUUGUGUAGCUGACUGGGAUAAAAAAGCCGUCACAGUUGUUGAUAAGUUUGGAAUAUUCAGGUUCUCUUACACAGGGAACAAAGCAUCCAAGAAGGAAUUCGAUGCUAGCUCCCUUACCACAGACAGCAUGCAUCACAUCAUCAUCACUGACUUUGAAGGAGACAAGAUUCACAUGCUGGACAGGGACGGCCGAUUCCUGAGAUACAUCAAUCUUGAUCAGAAGAUACGGAGACCACGCGCCGUGUGUAUCGUUAGGGAAGGGGAGUUAAUGGUGGGGGAGUGUAAUACAGCAAUGAUCAAGAGAAUAAAGUACUUACAAUAA